CUUGAACAAGUGCGUUUGCUCUAGCGAUAUAUGUAGUGUUAGGAAUAAUUUUUUUUCCAUCACGUUGGGUAAAAUACCGCAAAAAAUUAUAUGUGGCCGGCAUGUCGGAGCAGCAGGCCAAAACUGAAAUUUUGGAAGAGUAAAGACGGUUUGAAGAAAAAGAGCAGGGAGAACUGCGUCAUGCAGGACUCGAAGUCUGGUAACUGUGUUAAUGGAGUUUUCCAUACAGAAAAAGUAGCAAUUUUAGAUGCUGGAGCUCAAUAUGGAAAGGUCAUUGAUAGAAGAGUAAGGGAAUUAUGUGUUGAAACAGAAAUUCUUCCUCUUAAUACAAAAGCUGAAACAUUACUAGCUCAAGGCUUCAGGGCAAUAAUCAUUUCUGGUGGUCCUAGUUCUGUAAAUGCUACAGAUGCAUGUUCUCAUGAUCCUCAUAUCUUCAGUUGUGGUUUGCCCAUUUUGGGUAUUUGUUAUGGAAUGCAGAUGAUCAAUAAACACUUCGGCGGAAGUGUUCUGAAGAAAGAUUCCCGUGAAGAUGGUCAAUUUCUUGUUCAAGUAGACACAUCCUCUGCUCUUUUCAAGGGCUUAGAUAAAGAAGAAAUGGUACUCUUAACACAUGCCGAUAGUGUAGAUAAAAUUGCUGAUACCUUCAAAGUGACAGCUAAAUCUGGCCAUCAUAUUGCUGCCAUUGCCAAUGAAAAGCUAAAAAUAUAUGGUGUGCAGUUUCAUCCAGAAGUUGAUUUGACCACAAAAGGAAAACUUAUAAUGAAGAACUUUCUGUACAACAUUUCUGGUUUGUCUGGGACUUUCACUAUGCAAUCAAGAGAGACAGAGUGCAUUGAAUAUAUCAAGAAACACGUGGGAAAAAAUAAAGUCUUAAUGUUGGUCAGUGGUGGUGUUGAUUCUACUGUUUGUGCAGCACUUUUACAUCAAGCAUUGAAAGAAGAUCAAGUAAUAGCUAUACACAUUGAUAAUGGAUUUAUGCGAAAAAAUGAAAGCUUACAAGUUGAAGCAUCUCUUAAAAAAUUAGGUUUAAAAUUAAAAGUUUUGAAUGCUUCCCAAAACUUUUACAAUGGCUCAACCACAGUUCCAGUUGACAGAAAAGAUCCAAAUGGCAGAAAGCGAGAUACUCCCAUGUUAUGCACGACAUCAGACCCAGAAGAAAAGAGAAAAAUAAUUGGUGACACUUUUAUGAGGGUUGCUAAUGAAAUUAUUGCUGACCUUAAUUUAAAGCCUGAAGAAACCUUACUUGGUCAGGGAACGUUAAGACCCGACCUCAUUGAGAGUGCCUCUUCUUUGGCUAGCUGUAACGCAGAUGCCAUCAAGACUCAUCACAAUGACACAGAUCUAGUGAGAUUACUAAGGGCGGAAGGUAGAGUCAUAGAGCCGUUGAAGGAUUUCCAUAAGGAUGAGGUUCGAAUAAUGGGCAAGGACCUUGGAUUGCCUGAUGAUGUCGUACAGAGACAUCCUUUCCCUGGACCAGGUCUUGCUGUCAGGGUAAUAUGUGCGGAUGAGCCAUACAUGGAUAAAUUUUUUUCUGAAACGAGUGUUCUUGUUAAAGUUAUUGUGGAAUAUGCAGUUUCUUCUGAAAAGAAGAAUGCACUUGUUAAUAAAGUGAAGAGUAGUACUUCUGAAGAAGAGCAAACAUUUCUCUUAGAACUUUCUAGGAAGCACAAAAUAAGUUCAACGUUACUGCCAAUAAAGAGUGUAGGAGUUCAGGGAGAUCAACGAAGUUACAGCUAUGUCGUAGGUUUGUCAUCCAGUUCAGAGAUAAGUGAUUGGGAGGAUCUAAUGACUUUAGCUAAAAUAAUACCUCGCGUUUGCCACAAUGUGAACAGGGUGUGUUGGAUUUUCGGCGAAGCAGUUCCGCAUCCUGUUCAUGAUGUAACUCCCACUUUCCUCACCCCUCUGGUUCUGAGUACUCUGCGGCAAGUCGAUUGGGUGGCUCACCAAGUGUUGCAGGCUUCAGGUUACAUGGGCAGUCUGUCCCAAAUGCCGAUCAUCCUGAUCCCCAUUCACUUUGACAGAGACGUAGCAUCUAGAAAUGCCUCUUGCCAACGCUCGGCUGUUAUUCGGACUUUCAUCACCCACGACUUCAUGACUGGAAUCCCGGCCACCCCUGGCAAGGAACUACCUCUUGAGGUAAUACAGAAAAUGGUGACAGAGAUGGCAGAUGUUCCAGGCAUCUCCAGGAUUCUGUAUGAUUUAACCCCAAAGCCUCCUGGUACUACCGAAUGGGAAUGAGAAGAAAAUUAGAUUUUAAAAAAUUAUAAUUGUGUGGGCUUAUAUUUUGGAUUGCAUUGGGAAAGAGUGUACAUACAAAGCCUUAACUUUUAAUAUACACAUAGUUAAAAUAUUACGAAAAAGUUAUUUUGAAACAUUUUCAAAAUCAACUGUUUUUAAUUUUAUGCAAACAAUAAAAUCGAGAUUCUUUUUGGAAAGUUAUUGAAAUGCAUUGGUGUGUUGUAAUAUCCUUCUUCCAUUGUUCCGUCUUUCUGUUUGUAUUUGAAUAAUUUCAUUAUCACUUCAUCUUAUGUGUGUUUCAUACAUUUCAUCCUAAUGCUUCAUAUGUACUUGAGGUUAACGGUCUCCUUUUGUAGAGUAUUUUAUAAAUUAUUUAACCAUCACAUGUCAAUUUAUGCCAUAGUUAGAAUAAUACUUCCUAACCUUCACUGGGCACAAAGUGAUCCAAUUUUUAUUUUCAGAUUUUAUGUACUUGUGUUUUUCAUAUAAACUAAGUUUUUUUUUAAACAACAUUUUGAUGAAAAUGCAUCUCUGGGAGAUAAUACAUCCUUUACGAUGUGCUUAAACAUAAAAGUUACAAAAUGUCCACAAGUUUAUAAUUUUCUCAUGAAUGUAAACCUUUUUGGCAUUGUUCUCUGUUCAUGAUGGAGGAUUUGUAGCUUAGACUGGAAUGCCUCUAGCUUUUUCUAAGGCUAUUCUGGUCGCUAAUUUAACUAAAAAUAGUGUUGCUUAAAAAAUAAUAAAAUUAAAAAAAAGAAAAAUAAAUAAAUAAAUAAUUAAAAAAAAGCAGCCCCUCCCCCUCCCAAGUUAUUAAAAAAGAAAAAAAAAUUGAAAGUAGUGGUAUCACCAGUGAUAGUGCCCAGUCAAGGGUUAAACAACAUAAUGGAAUAGAAUUAUUAAAUUAUAUUAAAAUAUUCGUUAAAAGAAACAUUCGCACGUGGACUUUAUUUGAUUAUUUAUUUUGCAUAUAAAUAUUUAUAUUCAAUAUAAAAGUGGUUUAUGAUUACAUUUGACUUUCAUUCUACAGAAUUAAGUUAAAACAUACAUCUUUUUGUUCUUCAAGAACUUUGGAAAGAAGGAUAUCCACUGAGAGUUGAAAUUUUUAAAAAUAAAAUAAUUAAAACUAUUAUAUAAUAGGAGCUUGAUGCCAUACUAUGACAAUAAGCCUGUGUAAAAUGUUUAUAAUGUGUGCAUGAAUUUUGCACUUUGUAAAUAAAGUGAUCAAUAAAUCAGAAAAACUAACUGUUACAGCAGACACUUUGUUAAUAAAAAGUUUGCUAUA